CUCGCCCACAAUGAAACAGGGAGAGUCUCAGCUCAGGAGGGUGAAAUGUAUGAAGAUUUAUUUAGGAUUUAACUUUCGCGUUUCAGAACAAAACCGGCGUAAAUUAAUAUUAUAUUGAAAUACGGAUAGUUUUUAUUCUUUGGAGCGAAUAAAAUUUCUUUUGUUGAUGUGAAUAUUUCUUUUUUUUUUUUUGAGUGUUGUCCGAGCGACCGUAAUGCGGCUCAGUGGCUAAUCCCUGCUUUUCAUUACUUUCUACACGUUUACUUUAGAAAACGCUGGGUUGAAGUUAUAUUUACAAGUAUGACUGAGUACAAGUUGGUGGUAGUAGGAGCAGGAGGUGUUGGAAAAAGUGCCCUCACUAUCCAGCUCAUUCAGAACCACUUUGUGGAUGAAUAUGACCCCACCAUUGAGGACUCGUACAGGAAGCAGGUGGUAAUCGAUGGCGAGACGUGUCUCCUGGACAUCUUGGACACUGCAGGUCAGGAGGAGUACAGUGCUAUGAGGGAUCAAUACAUGAGGACUGGCGAGGGCUUCCUCUGCGUGUUUGCCAUCAAUAAUAUAAAGUCUUUCGAGGACGUACAUCUCUACAGAGAGCAGAUAAACCGGGUGAAGGACAGUGAAAAUGUUCCGAUGGUGUUGGUCGGGAAUAAAAGUGACCUGAGCUCUCGCACAGUGGAAACACGUCAAGCACAAGAGCUGGCUCGGGGAUAUGGCAUCCCGUUUGUCGAGACGUCUGCCAAAACACGACAGGGUGUGGAGGAGGCGUUCUACUCUCUGGUUCGGGAGAUCAGGAGAUACAAGGAGACGAACCGCAGCAACAAGAAGAGCAAGAAACACCCACAGAGACGUUGCAUUCUUUUAUAGCAAUACUCCUGCCCACUCUUGCACUACAUUCCUGGAAUAGCACUGUGCGUGCGUGCGUACACCUGCUGUAGCAUCUCAACCCUUCUCCCUUCACCACAUAGAACUAACUUCCCAGUCAGGAAGCUCAGAAACGGUGCCAUGGCUGCUAUAUGCUCUGUUUGCAGUGGGUGUAUGUGGCUCAUCAAAUGCAGAGGUUCCUUACCCAGGGCUUUAACAGUGUCGAGUUUCACUGAGGUUCAUGUCCUUGGACUUGUUUGGAAGACUUUUUUUUUUCGCCCCUCCCUCCUGCCACAUCCAUGCUCUGAUGUAUAAAAUAAAAAGCAUUUCAUGUACUCGUCUCCAGCUCCCCUCAACUUUUAAGCAGCAUGACUCAGUACAAGUGUUACUGUUCUCCGCUAAUGCCCUCUCUGUAACCACUAGGAAUUCAUGCUUGAAAGGUUGCUAUGCGGCAUCGGCGCUGCCGCCGCCGCCACCACCACGGAGGUCAAGUUUAAGCUUCUUUCUUAAUCUCCAUUCAAGCACUGACUGAAACCUGCUCUCCUGUGUUUUGUACACCACUGCCAUCUCUGCCUCAUUCCCAGCUCUUCUAUACUGGGAGAGAAUUAUUUUGUAUUCCCUCACUUCCAUCAUUAUAAAGGAAGAAACGGUUUUGGGUUUUUUGUUUUUGUCUUUUGGGGUCAGGCCCGUAUUGGGGUCUGAACAUACCUGUGAUUUUCCUGUUUUCAUAGCGAUGAGACCUUAGGCAUUUAAUUUGGAUUUUGUUAAUAAAUAAAAAGGAUUUUGGCUAAAA